AUGUUUAACCCACACGUGUUAGAUUCUCCAGCUGUGAUUUUUGACAAUGGGUCCGGGCUCUGUAAGGCAGGCCUGUCUGGAGAGAUUGGCCCCCGCCACGUCGUCCACUCCAUUGUGGGGCACCCCAAGUUCAAGAUGCCUUCUGCGGGGGCCAAUCAGAAGAAGUACUUUGUGGGAGAAGAGGCCCUGCACAGGAACGAGGUCUUACACCUGCACUACCCCAUCGAGCGAGGCCUGAUCACAGGCUGGGACGACAUGGAGAAACUCUGGAAGCAUCUCUUCGAGUGGGAGCUGGGGGUCAAAGCCAGCGACCGGCCGGUGCUCAUGACGGAGCGCUCACUGAACCCCAGGGAGAGCCGGGAGAAGACGGCCGAGGUGAUGUUUGAGAGCUUCGAUGUGCCCGCCUUCUACCUGUCGGACCAGGCCGUGCUGGCCCUCUACGCCUCGGCCUGCAUCACGGGCCUGGUGGUGGACAGCGGGGACGGGGUCACCUGCACCGUCCCCAUCUUCGAGGGCUACUCCCUGCCCCACGCCAUCACCAAGCUCUACGUGGCGGGGAGAGACAUCACGGAGCACCUCACCCGGCUGCUGCUGGCCAGCGGGAGGACCUUCCCGUGCGUGCUGGACAAAGCCCUGGUGGACGACAUCAAGGAGAAGCUCUGCUAUACGGCCCUGGAGCCGGAGAAGGAGCUGUCGCGGAGGCCGGAGGAGGUGCUCAGGGAGUACAAGCUGCCCGACGGCAGCAUCAUCCGUAUCGGGGACCAGCUGUACCAGGCGCCCGAGGCCCUGUUCUCGCCCGAGCAGCUGGGCAUCCAAAACCCGGGCCUCUCCAAGAUGGUCUCCUGCAGCAUCACCAAGUGUGACGCCGACAUCCAGAAUAUGCUCUAUGGGGAGAUUGUGCUGUCCGGGGGCACCACGCUCUUCCGGGGGCUGGAUGACCGUCUUCUGAGGGAGCUGGAGCAGGUGGCUUCCAGAGGGACCCCCAUCAAGAUCACAGCGCCGCCCGACCGCUGCUUCUCCACGUGGAUUGGCGCCUCCAUCGUCACCUCCCUGAGCAGCUUCAAGCAGAUGUGGGUCACCUCUGCAGACUUCAAGGAGUUUGGGACGUCCGUGGUUCAGAGAAGGUGCUUCUGA